GCACAGCUGUCAUAAUCGAAGAGUGCCCUGUUAGAAACGCGAUUUAUUUUUUCGAUUCCUCGCAGCCCGAAGUCGCAGGAGAAAGAACACCGAUUUCACAAAAUUUCUAAACGAUGGCGUCUCUGUGCGGAAGAUUAGCAUUAAACGUAGCAAAGCGUAAUGUUUCGUACACGUCGGUGCGAUUCUGCAAAAUGAUGAGCGACCCAAUCGAACAUGCAACCGGACUGGAAAAGCGUGAACUGCUCGCCAAGCAAGCCGGCAACUCCGACCCCUUCGAUAUGCGUGUGUUCAAACGCGGUCCGGGCACCAAAGAUCAGCCGAACCAGAUUCCAUCGGCUUUCGAGUCGCGCCUUGUUGGAUGCAUCUGUGAGGAAGAUCAAACGUACGUACAGUGGAUGUGGCUGCAUCAGGGUCAGCCCAAGCGUUGUGAGUGUGGUCACUGGUUCAAGCUGGUUGAAAAGGCACCCAUCUAAACCGGAGCGUUUACUAAAGAAUUAACUGUAGAGUCAGCACACGAUAUGUUACGAUAAAAAAUAAAUCCAGAAGGUUAAUAAAAAGCAGAAAUGUUGAACUUCUACCAAAUCGAUCAUCGAUCGUAAGCAAGAGUCCUACAUACUUAAUAGUAUUUUACCGUGUGUUGUGCCCGUUUCAUUGAUUGUGCUCCCAUCAGGAAGCACAGCUAAGACAAAAUAUUUUGCUCUGAUUUUGUUCUACUCUGCUAAUUGGAAGAACUACAGUGCGGUUAGUAAAUUGGUUUUAGUGUCAUAGCCGGAUAAACAAUAAAGCGAAACUUGAAAAUUUUAACCCUUUCGUGUG